AGAGAAGAAAGCAGCCGGGCAAGGCGGGCGGAGCUCCUGCGCUCCCUCCCACGCGCACAGAGCCGAGGACAGCUGGCGGCCGGACGACAAAGCGGAUCAGCGCGGGCUGGGGGCGCGCCUGGCCGCCCCCUCCUUAGGACCCGGCGGACACCUCGGUCCACUCCACGCCCUCCCCCUGGAACCCACCCACCCUUUAAAGAAAGCCCAGCCCUCAGCCCCCUCCCCAAGGCUGGCCGACCUGCCUCCAAGCAAGUCGCGGCAAGGCGCGCCUGGAAGAGCCCGGGACCGGACCCGCAUCCAGACCCGCGCUCCUCUUCGUCCCGCGCCGCCCGGAUCCAGAGGCUCCGCGUUCCGCCCCCGGGACCCCGAGACCUCGGGCCGGGCGGGCCGGGAAGAUGGCGAGGAGGAGCCGCCGCCGCCUCCUCCUGCUGCUCCUGCGCUACCUGGUGGUCGCCCUGGGCUGUCAGAAGGCCUAUGGAUUAUCUGCCCCAAGAGGCCAUCAAGUGGUCACAGCAAUAGAGUACCAAGAGGCUAUUUUAGCCUGUAAAAAUCCAAAGAAGCCCAUUUCCUCCAGAUUGGAGUGGAAGAAACUGGGGCGGGGCAUCUCCUUCGUCUACUAUCAGCAGGCUUUCCAAGGUGAUUUUAAAGAUCGAGCUGAGAUGAUAGAUUUCAGCAUAAGGAUCAAAAAUGUCACAAGAAAUGAUGCUGGAAAAUAUCGAUGUGAAGUUAGUGCCCCUUCUGAGCAAGGCCAAAACCUGGCAGAGGACACAGUCACUCUGGAAGUAUUAGUGGCUCCAGCAGUGCCAUCCUGUGAAAUACCCUCUUUCGCUCUGAGUGGAACUGUGGUCGAGCUUCGAUGUCAGGAUAAGGAAGGUAAUCCAGCUCCUGAAUACAUAUGGUUUAAGGACGGCAACCGUUUGCUGGAGAAUCCAAAACUUGACUCCCGAAGUGCCAACAGCUCCUACACAAUGAAUAUAAAAUCUGGAAUUCUGAAAUUCAACACUGUGUCCAAGGUGGACAGUGGAGAAUACUCCUGUGAAGCCCGUAACUCUGUUGGAUAUCGCAGAUGCCCCCAGAAACGAAUGCAAGUAGAUGAUCUCAGCCUCGGUGGCAUCAUCGCUGCGGUAGUAGCUGUGGUCUUACUCAUUUGUGCAUGUGGCCUCGGUGUGUGCUAUGCUCAGAGAAAAGGCUACUUUUCAAAAGAAACUUCCUUUCAGAAAGGGAGUGCUACGUCACAUGUGACUACAGUGAGUGAAAAUGAUUUCAAGCACACAAAAUCCUUUAUAAUUUAAGAAAUCCACCUUUGAGAUUCACCAAAACUACAGUUGUUACCCAAGUUAUUAAAGUAUUAUAAAACAGUCUUGUCUUACAUUUGGGAAGAUGUACAAGAGGAAGUGAAACUGGUAUUUUACUGUAACUUUUAUGACCUUUAGCUCACUGGAAAUUAUUUUAACAAUUCUGUCAUCACCUAAAACACAACCUGGUUUCUUGCAUCUAGAUGAAAAAAAA